AUGCUUCGCCACGCUGCUCGCGCUGCUGCCCGCGCGGUCGCCGCUCAUCGCCCGCUGUCGCAUGCACCCAAGCGCUUCGGCGACGCCUGCUUCAUGCCCAUGCGCACGGCGCCGAUGCGCUUUGCCUCGACGACCGCGGGUGCACCGACAGCCGACGUCUUUGACAUCAAGAGCUGGACGCCGUUGAUGCAUGCGUCGUCGGUCGCCGAGGCCAAGGCCGCCUUGGCUGACGCGUCGGCCGACAUCAACUUUGCAUGCCAACAUGGGUGGACGCCAUUGAUUGUCCAGUCGUUCUUGAACCGUGACGCUGGCAUCGUCGACGUGCUUCUGCAGCACAAGACCAUCAAUACGAACGCCCAAAACAACAUGGGGGCGACGGCGCUCAUGCUCGCGUGUGAAGAGGGACACACCGACAUUGUCACGUCGCUAUUGGCACACGCUGACGUCCAAAUCAACAUGCAAGACAACGCGGGCUUCUCGGCGCUCAUGUUGGCGGCGCAAUCUGGGCACGCCGACGUCGUCCACGCGCUCCUUCAGCACCCGUCCGUUGACGUUGGCCUUCAAUCUCUGGAUGAAAGCACCGCGCUCAACGCGGCGUGCGAAGGCAACCACGUGGACGUUGUUCGUGCGCUGCUCGCGCACCCCAUCGUCCAGCGCCAUAUCGAGAGCAACAAGGAAGCGAUUGUCUCCUGGAUCUUUUCGUCGGGCGAGGACCACUUGGACGUCGUCAAGUUGCUCGUCGAGCACCCCGCCAUUUACCAUGGCGGCAUGCCACUGCUAGUCGCAGCGACCACGGGUCAAAUGGAGGUCGUCAAGCUCUUGCUGGAGCAGCCCGCGAUCGAUUGCAACGUCACGGACGAACUUGGCAUUUCGGCGCUCAUGCUCGCUGCGGACGGCGGCCACGCCAACAUUGUCGAGCGCCUUUUGAAGCAUCCGGACGUGGACUGCAACAUGCAAGACUGCCAAGGGAUCACGGCGCUCAUUUCAGCCACAAUGAGCGGCCACGCCGACAUUGUUGAGCUUCUCGCAAUGCACCCGGCGACCAAUGUGGAUCUCUGCGAGAAAGAGCACGGUGCGACGGCGCUCAUGGUCGCUUGCCAAGAAGGCUACUUGGAUAUUGUCGAGAUCCUUGCGCCCAAGGCCGACAAGACGAUCAGAAACAAGGACGGGUACACGGCGCGGGACUUUGCCGAGGCGUUUGGUCACGAAGACAUUGUGGAGGUCCUCGAGUCGUAG